AUAUAUUGAUAUGGACAUCAAUGCUACCCUAUCAAGAGACCUUGAAAACCCAUUAAAAACGAUAGCGUUGUAUUCAAUAGCCUGCCAGAACUCGAAGAAAAUAAAAAUAAACAGUUCCGUCCGUUGCCAUAACUACUGUAGUACAAAUAGACGUCAUAAAAUUGUUGAAGCUGAGUUCAAUUUAUUAAAAUAAUUAAUAAUAACAGCAGAGUAGUUCGUAAUAUAGAAAGUACUUGUAAUUACAAAUGGAAAACCUAGACGGUAACGCAUGGGUGUUCGAUUCCCUGGUUGGAUUUCUGCAUGGACCUGUGUGGAACGUGCCACUGCAAACUUUUAUUGAAGAAAAAUCACUGCCUUUUGAGCCUACGGAUAAUGGAGAAGUUCUUGAUAGACCAGAGUAUAAGAAGAUACAUGUCGAAUACCGUAAUUUGGUUGACGUGAUGCUAGGCUCGUUUAUGGAUGACAUUGGCAUCACGGCCGAUCAGUUCGAAGCGGCCUGCAAGUUGUCGGCUCGUGAUCUAGCUGGACUGCCGGCACAUUUCCAUCGGCGACUGUUCGAGCAAAUAUGGGCCGCUAACGACUACGAAAUGUUCGUUAAGAUGAUGACACACAAGAAUGUGGAACUGCAAUUGCAGGCUUUAGAAUUGAUAGAAAGGCGGUAUGGAGCAAUGCCGCACUUGUUUUCUAAUGAACCAGAAGAGUUGGACUCUUCACGAAGCGACGAAAGCGAGGAGUGGCCUGAUAAUGAUGACGUCAUGACUGAAAUAAAAAAAUUACAACUGGAAGAUUUAGCGACCAAAGAUGAGGUUGUUAACGUUCCACCUGAGGAAGUGGUGGCUGAGAAGCAAACUUUGCUAUCAAAACUGCACAGUUUUGAAAAGAAAGAUGAAAAUAUUGAGAAAAAAGACCACAUAGUCACUGAAGAAAAGAAGAUUCAAGUUUUGGAACCGCCAAAGCCACCUCCGAAGAAAGUAGAGGUGAGCGAGGAAGAAAUGCGUGCCCGUCAGGAGUAUUUGAAGCAGCAACGUGACAAGUUGUUGGCGUUGAAGAAGCAAGUUCGUGAACGACGACUCGGUGCGGCAGACGGCGCAGAAACGGGAGGGGGAGAGGGAUCUCAAGGCAGUGUGGCCAGGCCUCGGUCAGCUCGCGUCGCGCAGGCAGCUUUGGCAGGCGUCACCCCCACCCCGCCACCAGAUGCCAUGCAGCUGAGACGUGCUCUCGCCUCCAAGCUCAAGACUGAAGUGGUCGACAUCGCUAACUAAUUCCGCUUCAAAGGAAUUCUACUCAAUUCAUAAGUCAGGGAUAUCACUAAGCUAAUAAUACUUUUAACUCAUGAACUCAAAUUAAAGAAAUAUAUGUAAAGAGUUUGAAAAUGAGUUUUAUUAUUUUGUUUAGUAAAUUGUGGAAUGUAUGAAAGAAACAACAUGACUUCGUAAUUAUUACCUUAUAUUUAUAUUGCUUACUUAACUAGUGACAUCAUAAUAAUAGCAUUAUCGUAAGCUUAUUUAUUUUACACAACUUGCCGAUAGGUAAAUCUAUUUUAAUCUGUGUAUAAAUUAAUUUAUGAUGGUCAUC